CGCCCACUCAACACCACUAACAUCCACACAUACAGCACGGAGUCGCGGCCUCUUCUCCUGUUCUGACUAUUUGCGCUGAUUCUGUGGCAUUUAUCGGCUAAAAACAAGCGAAACGAGAAUAACCGGGAUAAGUCCAGGCUCCGUGCUGCCUCAUCUCUCGGUCUGUAACGGCCGGUAGCUCCGGUUAAAUCCGUAAACGUGUUUUAUUUCACUCUUACAUGGCGACUUGUUCUGUUGCUGAGCUGCAACUGCAAGUAGGAGGAGGGCUGUGAUUUUUUUUUUUUUUUUUUUUUUUUUUGAGCCAGUUAGAAGUGUUAUUGUGGGAGGAAACGCACCUCAGAAAGAUUUAACCAACUAACAAAAACUGCAGCAGCUUCUUCGUUGGUGUUCUCCUCGGAGGUAUCCAGCCGCAUCUUCUUCUUCGUUGGUGUUGUCCUCUACAAACAUGGCAGGAGGACUGUCAGAUAUGGGGCUGCUCGUCCUGGUGUGUCUGCUGCUCUUCCACAACACCUUCUCCUUCAACCUGGACGCGAGCAAACCCUACGUGUUCUCCGGACCCGAAAGGAGCUACUUCGGCUUCGCGGUGGACUUCUUCAAACCAAACGACCGAAAGUUGGACGUUCUGAUUGGAGCUCCUCGGGCCAACACUUCGGGCAACGUGGUGGAGAGAGGAGCGGUGUACAGCUGCCCAUGGCAGAGCACCUCCUCCUGCCAGCAGCUGACCUUCGACAACACAGAUGAGAGGAGGAACAAUGAAGGGAAUCAGAUGGAGUUUAAAUCCAAGCAGUGGUUUGGUGCGUCGGUGCGAUCUGACGGAGAACACAUCCUGGCCUGCGCUCCUCUGUACCAGUGGGCGACUUUUGGUGUCAGUGACCGCGAGCCGGUGGGAACCUGUUACCUCAUGAAAGGAAACACGGUGGUGGAGUACUCCCCCUGCAGAUCAAACCAAAACGCACCAGACGGCCAGGGCUUCUGUCAGGCCGGCUUCAGCGCCGACUUCAGCGUCAACUCCAAGAAAAGGGUGGUGGUGGGAGGACCCGGCAGCUUCUACUGGCAAGGUCAGCUGAUUGCUGACGACAUCUCUGAGAUUUUUGCCCGAUACAACAAACAGUACAUCAUCCCCUACAGUGGAACGCUCUCCACCAAGUCAGCCGGCGCCCAGUACGACGACAGCUACCUCGGAUAUUCUGUGACUGUUGGAGACUUCAACAAAGAUGGAAAGCAAGAUUACGCGACUGGAGUUCCCAGGGGGAGCCAGGCAAUGGGUUACGUGAACAUCUUCAACGGUGAUAACAUGGGCUCCAUGAUCAACUUCACCGGCUCCCAGAUGGCUGCUUACUUCGGACAUUCGGUGUCUGCUACCGACGUUAACAAUGACGGGGAGUUGGAUCUGCUGAUCGGAGCCCCCCUCUUCAUGGACAGAGGCUCAGAUGUAAAGCUGAGGGAGGUUGGGCAGGUGUCUGUGUACCUGGGUCAAGGUGGAUUUUCCUUCCAGGCUCCUCAGAUGCUGACGGGCACUGAGGUUUACGCCAGGUACGGUUCUGCCAUCGCAGCGCUGGGAGACCUGGACCUGGACGGAUACAACGAUGUGGCCAUUUCUGCUCCUUACGGAGGCCCCGACCGCAACGGCCUGGUCUACAUCCAUAACGGCCGCUCUCAAGGACCCGACCCGAUACCUUCACAGACCCUUCAGGGCAAAUGGGCGUCCAGCUACAUGCCUGCCAGCUUUGGAUACUCCAUGUCUGGAAACACUGACAUAGACCUGAAUGGGUAUCCAGAUUUAAUAGUUGGAGUGUUUGGAGCAGACAAAGCUGUUUUAUACAGAUCCCGUCCAGUGAUCAGAGUGAACGCCACGAUAGAUAUGACGCCUACGAUCAUCAACCCCGAGGAAAAGACCUGCACACUUCCUGGUACCAGCACGUCUGUGUCGUGUUUUAAGGUGAAGUACUGUCUGCAGGCGAGCGGCAGCGGGGCUCCAGCGAUGCUCACUUUCCGUGUGAACGUCACGCUGGACCGCCUGAAGCAGGACUCGACCAAACGCGCCCGUUUCUUGCACAGCCAGACAUAUCUGUACUUCAAGAACAUGACGCUGUCCAACGGCAAAGGCCCGUCCUGUGAGGAGCAGGACGUCUACCUGAAGGAUGAGUUUCGAGAUAAGAUCACUCCCAUCUCCGUGGUGAUGGAGUAUAGUCUGGACUCCCAGCAGGCUGCAGACAAAACCGGACUGAUGCCCAUCGUCGACUCCUCAAACCAACCAAACGCCACCAAGCAGGGUCACAUCCUGUUGGACUGUGGAGCCGACAACAUCUGUAAACCUAACCUCACGUUGUCAGUAGAGAGCGAUCGUAAGCAGAUUUACAUCGGUGACGAUAACGCCCUCACGCUUCAGGUCAGCGCUGAGAAUCGGGGUGAAGGAGCCUACGAGGCCGAGCUCCACGUUUACCCUCCACAGCAGGCCGACUUCACCGGGGUCGUCCGCAGCGAGACCCUCUCCAGACUGUCCUGUGCUUACCAGACAGAGAACCAGCCCAAGAUGGUUGUGUGUGAGCUGGGAAACCCCAUGAAAGAAGGAACCAAGGUUCUGGCUGAGUUGAAGUUCAGCGUCCACCAGCUGUCAGAGGAGGACACGUCCGUCAAGUUUGACCUGCAGAUAGUCAGCUCCAACCAGUUUAACAACACCAGCGCUCGAGUGUCCAGCAUCACCAAGCUGGAGGUCCUCGCUAAAGUCUCCAUCAGAGGGUCCUCAUCUCCUAGUCAGGUGCUUCUUCCCAUCGCGAACUGGAAACCUAAAGACCCUCCUGUGGUCGGAGACGACAUCGGACCACAAAUAAUGCACGUCUACGAGCUCCUGAAUAACGGGCCCAGUACCAUCAGUAAGGCGGCGCUGGAGGUGGAGUGGCCGUACCAGUUUAAGAACGGCUCUCUGCUCUACAUCACCUCCUUCGAGACCGAGGGACCCAUGAACUGCACCACGGACAUGGAGAUCAACCCACUCAACAUCUCAAACCCACUGACCUCUCAGAAAAAUACCAGUGUUCCAGUCAGAGAGACUGAGGGACGAGACCGACACAAGAGAGACCUGGAGUCCAGAGACUCGCAGACGGACCUGCAAACACUGGAUUGUGUCACCGCUGGGUGUAUGAAGCUGAAAUGUCAAGUCGGUCGUCUGGAGAGGAGGAAGAACGCCAUCCUCUUCAUCUACUCCAGACUCUCUGUCAAAAACUUCCUCCGGGCUGAGAACCAGAAUCGUUCAUACGUGGUUCGAUCUUCGGCCUCAUUCAACGUCAUCGAGAUGCCGUACAAGAACCUGGCGGUGGAGCUGCCGUCCAAUAGUACUACUGUGAGUGUGUCGGUGACGUGGGUUGCUGAUGUCUCUCAGCCGGUGCCAGGCUGGGUGGUGGCUCUGGCCGUGUUGGCAGGACUGUUGCUGUUGGCGUUGCUCAUCUUCAUCAUGUACAAGUUGGGUUUCUUUAAGAGAGUGCGCCCCCCGCAGGAGGACUGCACCGAGAAGGAGCAGCUGCAGCCGGAGGAGAACGGCAACACUGACGCCUAAAAGUCAAACUGUGAGCAAGAGUCCAGGAGGGAAGAAAUCAGGGUAAAAUGGCCUCUGAGAGAAUUUCACUGUAUUGACUGUUGGACGGCAGAUAAUGGUACUGGUUUAAGGUUUGAUGAGGUCUUUUGAUUUUUUACUAGUCUUCUUGUGUUUGUGCCAAAAGAGAGGCUGGAAAACACUGGUCACAGAGGAAACGCUGCACAAUGGUGUCAGGCUGCAGAGGUUUCAGGAACACACUCCUUUUUACGCCCUUCGCUGACAAGUCAGACGUUUGGAUUGUGUCUGUGUUAAAUCUGAAGCCAGGUCAAAUAGCAGGUUAGCAUUAGCUUAGCAUAAAAACUACGAACAUUGGGAGGCAGCUAGUCUCCAGCUAACGCCACUAAACAGCUUCGAUGCCUUAAUUGGAAUUUAGAACAUAAAAUAUGGUUUAAAGGAGACGUAACAGCCGGUUCCUCUGUUCCCAGUCUUUAUGCUGAGUCAGUUGGCUUCAUAUUUAAUAUAGAACAACUUCUAACGAGAGUAGUUGAUUUAAUAUAUUGACCAACAUGUUUGGAUGCUUCAUGUUUUUUUUUGUUUUGUUCCAACAAACAAAUAAGGUGACAGUGUAUUUUAUCCAGAACUACGAGGCUCUUUGCACCAACGCACACACAGUUUGGCCUGAUAUUAAUUUGCACGUUUCUUUUUUCUUUUUCUUUUUCGUUUUGGUCCAAACGUAAAAUGGUUGAUGAACUGUAAGUCCAAAACUGCUGAUGUAGUCAAGAAUUUUUGUUUUUUUCAAACAAAGCAUCCAAAGAACAAAGACUUGUCCUGGAGCUUCUGAGUUUAUAAAAGACAUUGGUGGAGGUUUGGACGUUCGGGAUCAUCUCCGAGAGUUUACAACAAUUUAAAAGCCACAAAGAGUUUGUUGAUGGGUGAAAAGAGAAAAUGAGUGAAAUGAUUUUACAGAUGAGAGCGAGUCAAGAGGCAACGAGGGGCCUAUGCUGCCUUCAAAUGGAACUAGUGAACUCGUAUUUACUAUCUGGGACGUCUCGUACGCAAAGUAGUCGACGUUGAAAUGCUAGCCGCUUAGCUUAGCUUAGUUUAGCUUAGCAAGCUAAUGGCUGGGAAUCCAAAAGUAUGAAAGUGAAUAUCAGCAUUUUCCUCUGACGUCUUUCAAAAUUACCUAAAAUAUGUAAAAUUACAAGAUUCUGAAAAUGUUGGCAAACCCAGCUCAUGAACUCACCACUUCCUGGACUUUGUUGUGACAUUUGAAGGCAGCACUGGAGACCAUCUUCAUCACGUCAUCACCGUUCAUGUCUUAUCCUCACCAAGAACUUGGACCAACGCCCGUCUUCAGACUCUGCCUUCAUCCUGAUGUCAGCUACACACUCCUAAAGUUUUGUGACUGUAACUUUCACCCUGUGACGACAUUGUGUUGACGGCGCCGUCACAACUAGAAGCAGAAACAUAAAUGAGGUGAUGGAUCUGAGGAUUGUUGGGUACACGACGACCAGCAGCGUGAUUGCUCUGUUAAAAUAUGAGAUAAAACAGCAAUAACACAGCAAUAAGGAUUUAUUAACUGAUGUAGACGAUUAGCUGCUCUCUAUUUUUGGAUUAAGGUGGUUGUGGUAUUCUAUUUACCGUUGUGUAUUUUUAAACUUGUCUGAUGCUGGUUUGAACUUCUCCUGAACGAGUUCUGCUUCGGGAUGCCGGUGGGGUGUUUUCAGUAUUUUAUUUUGUAUUUUGUACAAAAAACCAUGAUGAUAAUUUUUACUGGUGAAUCCCUCUGUAUUUCAAUCAAGAAAGUGUUUCGCAAGUAUUUUCUGUUCGUAAAAUGAUGGAUAAUCAGUGGAAAUGAGUGUUUAGUUUAUAAUUCACUCUGUAAAAUUGAUUGAUUGUUAAACCUCGCAUCCAAGCACAGUUUGUUGAAGCAGUGUACCUCCCCCUACAGGCAAAGAGGGGGCAUUGCAGAAGCAGCGAUGUUUCGGAAAUUAUUUUCUGGCCGGAUGCAAAUUUUAUAAAAGACUGAAAAGUUGUAAUAUUUCUUUCUUUCUUUCUUUUGGCUGCAGAUGGAUACAAAUAUCUUUACUGCAAUAUCUAACAAGAACUUAGCAUUGUAGCAUUUAGCAUUCCAAAAACCAAAAAAUACAAAAGUAAGGACUUGAUUAAUCUAUGUUUUUUUUUUUUUUUUUCUCUAAUUGUGUUGUUACAGGUUAUUGGGGAUAUUUAAAUACAAAUGUUACUUACAAUCACUUUCCUGCCUUUUCCUGCACUGAGGCUUCGUUGUGCUCCCGUUUUUAUUUCUUUUCCUUUUUUUUUUUUAGAUAGUAAUAUUUUCUUGGAUUUCAGUGCCAACUGGCAGCUUUCAGAGCAAGUUGCUGUUUCAUGUUUUAUGAGUCUAUUCGUGUGUGUUACUUUGUGUGUUAAUAUAUAUAUGUAUAAAAAAAAAAGGAACAAAAAAAAAACCUGUCCUAUUUCACCCAUAUUGGGUUCACGGUAUGAAUUCAUGUCUAAAGUUUCAUGAUAGGUUUAAAAAAAAAAGCAUUAAUCCAGUUAACAAAUCACCAUGAAACGACUCCACGGGAAGCUUAAGUUUUUCUUUCACCGCUUUCACCGAUAUCUGAGUGGUGUCGUUGCUUUGUUAGCAACUUGUGUUGUUAGCGGCAGACGCUGCGGAGAUGCAUUAACACCACUAGUGGGCGCUGGUGUCACCAAAUUAAAGCAAACCCUGAAACCCACGUGUUCACAUGUACAAGGCUCCAGAGUUAAAGAGUUUGUUCAAUUAUUAACUUUUUUUUGUAACACUAAUUCAUAUGUUUGUUUUCUUUUAUAAUAUCAAAUGUAGAUUAAUUUACUAUUUGAUUAAUAAAAGAUGAAAUAAGUAAUUUUAUUGGUCAGAUACAGGUAGUAAACAAUUCAUUUUAUUCCUUUUUUCUGUCCAAUCAACAUUCAAACAGUGUUUUUUUUUUUUUGUUUUUUUUAACAUGGAUUCCAUCAAGCUGAGUUUGAAGGUUUGAAAUGUGCAUUUAUUUUUAUUUUUUCUUACAGAAUUCUCUGUAAAUUAAGAUCAAAUCUGAACCACGUGUGGAUGGAAACAAGUAAAACGUAUUGAACCAACCGGAUGCCAGAUUUAUUAGGAUUUUAUUGUAAAAUGCCAAAAUAGAUCAAACAAAAAAGUUUGCAGUUUGUUUUUACAUUUAUUUUUAAAGCAUUACUUUCAAACAUUAAAUUGAGUUCAUUUCUGGUUUUCUCUGUGGUUUCCAAUUUAAAACUUAAUAUACAGUUUUCUGCUUUGGGAAAUUUUGCUGAGCAACUUUCACUCCACGUUUUAUAGACUGAGGGAAUAGAUUUUUUUGUUGCAGCGUGUCUUUCGUGUUUGAAUUUAAAUGUCGCUAAAUUCUUACCUGUGCACAAAACAGAACUUGCCUUUAAGUCGACUCCAUUUAAUUAAAGGUAACUAAGGGUUCGGUAAAGAGCACUGAUCUGAGGUCAGUGGUGUCUGAAGGGGCUUCACUGCACUGUUUAAACAUUUUAUAAAGAUUUUUCUAAAGUCGUCUGUGAGUGUAAACUAGAUCAGAUCACAACAGAUUCAUCUCAUUUCAGUGUUUAAGUCUUACAAACAAACUCUUCACUUUAACAUUUAAACAGCUGAAUCAUUUCUGCAGGAUGAGUUUAAACUCUGAAACGCGUCCUGUCUGAACCGACUGAUUGUGAUUUGAAGACAGUCGGUCACCGGGGUUUAUUGUGUCUGAGGGUUUUUUUUUUUAAUGUUUUGUAUUUAACGCCACUCUUCUGUCCUCCUUCCUGCCAUGAGAAAAUAUUGACUAUUUUUUGAUGUAUGUAUUCUUUCACACACGGAAAUUAAAAAUUAACAAUUUCAUAGGGAUGAUUUCACAAAAUAAAUAAAUAAACAAAAAAUGUUUUUGUUCA